AUGCAGUCUCUCCUCACUCUGCUGUUGGGAUUUGUGGUCUCCGUCGCCUCAGUGGAGUGGAGGCGUCCGGUGAUCCGGUUCAACUCAAAGGUGGUGUUGGGUAAUGAGGUUGUUGUCAAAUCUGGAACCCCAUUGGAUCUGAGGUGUGAGGGUGACGGGCCUGUGAACUGGCAACCGAGGCUGGCGAAACACAAACGCUAUAUGUCAAGAGGUAAAGGAAACGUCUGCACUCUGAAGGUGUUACGUCCCUCGGCUGAAUUCACUGGGACCUACAAGUGUUAUUACAUCGGCGGGAUGUCCCAUCGAAAUCUGACCUCAUCGGUUCACGUUUUUGUAAAAGAUCCCCACCGUAUCUUCUGGACCAGCAGCACCUUACUGAGGGUUGUAAAAAAAGAGGGCGAGGUUUACUUGCUGCCAUGCCUACUGACUGACCCAGGCGCUACAGACAUGAGUCUACGCAUGGAAAACGGCACCACUGUUCCGCCAGGGAUGAAUUUCACUGUCUAUCGACAUCGUGGUAUUCUCAUCCACAGCCUCCACCCAAGCUUUAAUGCUGACUAUGUAUGCACGGCCAAGGUCAACGGAGUGGAGCGCACCUCUAAAGCGUUCUCUAUUAAUGUCAUCCAGAAGCUCCGCUUUCCUCCUUAUGUCUUUUUGGAGACGGAAGAAUACAUCCGUAUUGCUGGGGAGGAACUCAAGAUUGGCUGCACCACGCACAAUCCCAACUUUAACUACAAUGUCACCUGGAUAUACACGACCAAAUCAAAACCCACUAUCAAAGAGAAUGUCCGCUCAAGUGGAGAAAACCGUCUGGACAUACAGAGCAUCUUCACCAUCCCUGCUGUGGACCUUGCAGACACAGGCAACAUUUCCUGCAUUGGUACCAAUGAAGCAGGGUUGAACAGUUCGACAACAUACUUACUGGUUGUAGACAAGCCAUACAUCCGCCUGUUGCCGCAACUUUCCCCAAAGCUGACCCACAAGGGUCUUGCAAUUGAGGUCAACGAAGGGGAAGAUCUGGAGCUCAUGGUGCUUAUUGAAGCGUACCCCCACAUUGUGGAGCACAGCUGGCAAACUCCAACGUCUCCCAGCACGUCUGCUCAGGAGAACAAACUCAUCCGGUAUAAUAACAGAUAUCAUGCUACAUUGCAACUCAAGAGAAUGAAUGCUCAGGAGCAAGGCCAGUACACCUUCAGUGCGAGAAGCAAUUUGGCCAAUGCUUCCAUCACGUUCCAAGUCCAGAUGUAUCAGAGACCGGUUGCCAUGGUGCGAUGGGAAAAUGUGACCACACUGACUUGCACGUCCUUUGGCUAUCCUGCCCCUCGAAUCAUCUGGUACCAAUGUUUCGGAAUACGCCCUACGUGCAACGAAAGCAAUACUGGGCUGCAGAUGGCUACCCCCUUGCAAGCCCAGACUGUGGAGCUCCAGAGAGAGGAGUACGGUGCAGUGGCGGUCGAGAGUGUUCUAACCGUGGGACCUUCCAGCCGAAGAAUGACGGUCGAGUGUGUGGCCUUUAACCUCGUUGGAGUCAGCAGCGACACAUUUGCCAUGGAAGUUUCUGACAAACUCUUCACCUCCACCUUGACUGGAUCUGCAGGCAUCCUGUCCAUCCUCCUUCUGCUUCUGAUAUUUCUGUUAUACAAAUAUAAGCAGAAACCCAGGUAUGAGAUCCGUUGGAAGAUUAUUGAGGCAAGAGAUGGAAACAACUACACCUUUGUUGACCCUACACAACUGCCAUACAAUGAUAAAUGGGAGUUUCCACGGGACAAACUUAAGCUAGGAAAGAUCUUAGGCGCAGGAGCUUUUGGUAAAGUGGUGGAGGCCACAGCCAUUGGUCUGGGAGAUCAAGACAAUGUGAUGCGCGUGGCUGUGAAAAUGUUAAAAGCCAGUGCCCAUUCUGACGAAAGAGAAGCUCUGAUGUCAGAGCUUAAGAUCCUGAGUCACUUGGGACAUCACAAGAACAUUGUCAAUCUACUAGGGGCUUGCACCUAUGGAGGGCCAGUGCUCGUAAUCACAGAGUACUGUAGCCUUGGGGAUCUCCUGAACUUCCUCCGCCAGAAGGCAGAAACCUUUAUGUGCUUUCUCACGAAUAUGGCCGCCAUAACAGAGAACUCCAACGACUAUAAGAACAUCUGCAAUCAGAAACAUUUCAUAAGAAGUGACAGCGGGAUCUCCAGCGCAUCUUCGAGUAGCUACUUGGAGAUGAGACCGUGUCAGCUGCCAAACAGCGAGCUGCCUCAAAAUGCUGUGUGCGAGGAGACUGGAGAAUGGCCGUUGGACUUGGACGACAUGUUGAGGUUUUCCUAUCAAGUAGCUCAAGGCUUGGACUUUUUGGCUGCCAAGAAUUGUAUUCACAGAGAUGUAGCCGCUCGAAAUGUCCUUUUGACGGACCACAGAGUAGCUAAGAUUUGUGACUUUGGCCUGGCGCGGGACAUCAUGAAUGACUCCAACUACGUGGUGAAGGGCAACGCACGUCUACCAGUGAAGUGGAUGGCUCCAGAGAGCAUCUUUGACUGUGUAUACACUGUUCAAAGUGAUGUCUGGUCCUAUGGAAUCCUCCUGUGGGAGAUUUUCUCUCUGGGUAAGAGCCCUUAUCCUAGUAUGGCGGUGGACUCCAAGUUCUACAAGAUGGUGAAACGAGGAUACCAGAUGCGUCAGCCAGACUUUGCGCCACCUGAGAUCUACGACAUCAUGAAGAUGUGCUGGAAUCUGGAGCCCACUGAGCGUCCCACUUUCAGCAAGAUCAGUCAGAUGAUACAAAGACAACUCGGUGAACAAGAGGAGCAGGAACAGCUAAUUUACCAGAAUGUGCAGCAGCAGGAGCAGCAACAAGAGCAAGAGCAUCAGCAGCAGGUCAUGGAGGCUGAAAAGUGUGAAGAGUGUGACCAGCCCAAGUGUUGCGACGGACCCUGUGAGCAGUCCUGUGACUCCGAGGAGGAGGAGCAGCCUUUAAUGAAGACCAACAACUACCAGUUUUGUUGA